AUGAAUACAAUCAUUAUUGAUCAACGAUAUGCAUGGUCUAGAAGUGCUGCAGCUAGUGCAUGUACAAGUUCAACAAUUUCAUCAUUUGGAUUGAUUGGUGAAGCUGCUGUAUCUGUUCUUAAAUGUAAAUCAUCUCCAACUACAUGUACAAAUGCACAAUAUACAGCUAAUAUUUCUACUUAUGUUCCAUGUACUGAUUAUAAUACAGCUUUAGGAAUGUCAUUUGGUUAUAGUUCAACAACAGUAAAUCUUACUGUUAAAUCAACAGGUAUUGUUAUUGGAUAUGUUGUUGGUGGUGCAUGGCUUACAUUACAAUUAAGUAGUGGUGGUUGGAGUAUGAUGACAUAUAUAAAUUUAACACCACGUCAAGAUAAUGAAUUAAUUAAUAGUUCACCAACAUCGAGUAUAUCACCAAUAGUUUAUGUACCUGUUAGUUCUAAUCAAUCAACUUCAAUUGAUAUACCAAUGAAUGAUGUUGAUGGUGAUAAUAUUGAAUGUCGUUUUGCAAAAUCUUCAAAUAUAUUAGGUGGUGUUACUGUUGAUGAAUGUAGUGAUGUUUGUAAACCAUUAGCAUUACCUACAUCAACACAAUUAAUAUCAGGCAAUAAUACAUGUACACUUAUUGUUACUUUACCUACAAUUGGUUAUUAUGCAGUAGCAAUUCAAUUAGAAGAUUUUAUUGAAAAUACAACAACCAUUCUUAGUUCUGUUUCAUUACAAUUUCUUCUUCUUACAUAUGAUGCAUCAAAUCCAACAUCAACUUGUACAAGUAUACCUAUUAUAACAAGUAUUCCACCAGAUUUACCAUUACCAGGUGAUACAAUUACUGUUCAAGUAACUGUUCUUUAUACAGCAAUGGUUAUUGCACAAAGUGGUUGUGAUAAUGAUACAGAUACAAGUAUAACAAAUUUUGUAACAUCAAGUCCACCUGGAAUGUUAAAAUCAAAUCUUCCAUUUACUUUAACAUCUACAUCUUAUGCUAUAAAUCUUACAUGGACACCAACAAUUGCUCAAUUAGGUCAAACAUAUACAUUUUGUGCUUUAGCCAUUGAUAGUAAUUAUUAUUCAUCAAAUCAAUAUUGUUUUUAUCUUUAUGUUGGCCCUAAAACAACAACAACAACUACAACAACAACAACAACAUCAACUACAACAUCAACAACAACAUCAACUGUAACAACAACAACAACAUCAACAACCACAUCAACAACAUCAUCAACAUCAACAUCAUCAACAUCAACCACUUCAACAACAACAACUUCAACAACAACAACAACAGAUACAACAACAACAUCAACAUCUACGACAUCUAGCAUAACAACUAUUGCACCAUAUGAUUGUAUUCCAUUACUUAUCGGAUUAAGUCUUGGUCUUGGAUUACCAUUAUUAUUUUUAUUAAGUUUUCUAGCAUUAUCUUAUUUAUGUCGAUGGUGUCCGAAUCCUUUACGAUCAAUACUUCGAUCUCGUUAUGGUUAUGAAAAAGAUAUACAUUGUAAAUAUUGUCAACAAUCCGUUGUUGAUAAUGAUUAUCAACAAUUACAUAAAGCAAAAUCUACUAUAUCUGAAGAUACACAUCAAUAUCGACAACAAUAUUUGCAAACUAAUAAUAAUCAAUCAUCAAAUUCACCGAUAGACUCAUAUUUAGAACGUGAAUAUAUAUCAUUACGUAAUUUAUCUAGUUCUUGUUCAAGAUCAACAUUAUCUACUCCAAUACAACCAACAAUAACAACAUUAGUUUCACCUUCAAUAAAUAUGCUUCCAACUGAAAAUCUUUCACGUACUCUAUCAUCAUUAUCUCAUUCAAAACCACGACAUUCUAAUUCUAUUCUAUCACGACUUUAUUUAAAACAAGUUCAACCAAUAUAA